GUUCUGACAGUUGAACGCAGAGUGAGUAAAGUUAGAGAGUCGGUUAAGUUAGUUUUGGUGUUUUACAAGCUAAAACAGAACCAGUAGUUAGAUACAGAUAACCAGAGGGAGAAAUGCGACUAAAACAAAAAAGAUUAGUGCAGAUUGCGCUGUUGAUUUUUGUGGCUUUUUUGUUUUUGCCCGGUGUUGGUUUAUGGUCCAUCUAUCUGGACCGACUGUUUGACAGCUCAGCGGAGGAUGGACCCGGAUACAUACAGAGAAUGAACAGACAAGAUUUACAGAAUACCGGUGUUCGGAAAAGAGACUGGCAUGAUUAUGCAGCCAUCAAGAGAGAUGCAGCACGCUUAGGUGUUGGUGAACAAGGCAAGCCUUAUCCUUUAACUGAUUCAGAUCGUGUGGAUCAAGCCUACAGGGACAAUGGAUUCAACAUAUUUGUCAGUAAUAGAAUCGCUCUCAACAGAUCCCUUCCUGAUAUCAGACACCCAAACUGUAAGAUGAAGCUGUAUGCAGAAAAGCUUCCCAACACAAGUAUCAUCAUCCCCUUUCAUAAUGAAGGCUGGUCAUCACUACUGCGCACAGUUCACAGCAUUCUUAACCGCUCACCACCCCAACUCAUUGCUGAGAUCAUCCUGGUGGAUGACUUCAGUGACAAAGAGCAUCUGAAAGCACAGUUGGAGGAGUACAUGGUAUGGAUACCAAAGGUACGAAUUCUUCGUACUAAGAAGCGUGAGGGUCUGAUUAGGACCAGACUGCUGGGAGCUGCAGCAGCUAAGGGUGAAGUCAUCACAUUUCUAGACUCGCACUGUGAAGCCAACGUCAACUGGCUGCCCCCUUUACUGGACCGCAUUGCGCGAAACCGCAAAACAAUAGUGUGCCCCAUGAUUGAUGUUAUUGAUCAUGACAACUUUGGCUAUGAGACUCAAGCUGGUGAUGCUAUGCGUGGGGCUUUUGAUUGGGAGAUGUACUACAAACGCAUCCCUAUUCCACCCCAACUACAGAAUUCGGACCCCAGCGAGCCUUUUGAUUCUCCAGUAAUGGCAGGUGGUCUCUUUGCUGUGGACAGAAGGUGGUUCUGGGAACUGGGAGGAUAUGACACAGGACUGGAGAUUUGGGGAGGAGAGCAAUAUGAGAUCUCUUUUAAGGUGUGGAUGUGUGGUGGUCGUAUGGAGGACAUUCCAUGUUCAAGAGUGGGUCAUAUAUACAGGAAAUAUGUUCCCUAUAAAGUACCAAGUGGAAUGAGCCUCGCCAGGAAUUUAAAGCGUGUGGCAGAGGUGUGGAUGGAUGAGUAUGCAGAGUACAUCUACCAGCGAAGGCCAGAGUAUCGGCAUCUUUCAGCUGGCGAUAUGACCGCACAGAAGGAUCUGAGGAACAGGCUGAAAUGCAAAAACUUUAAGUGGUUCAUGACAGAGGUGGCGUGGGACUUGUCCAAGCACUAUCCACCUGUUGAACCUCCAUCAGCAGCAUGGGGAGAGGUACGAAAUGUUGGCAGCAAUCUUUGUUUGGAAAGUAAACAAUUUUCUUCAGGCUCCUCAAUUCGUUUAGAAAAAUGUCUGAAAGGACGUGCUGAGGCAACUUGGAGCCAUGGUCAGGUCUUUACGUUUGGUUGGAGAGAAGAUAUACGCCUCGGAGACCCUUUGCACACUAAGAAGGUCUGCUUUGAUGCUGUGUCUAAUAACAGCCCUGUUACGCUCUAUGACUGCCAUUGCAUGAGGGGUAACCAACUAUGGUCGUACAGGAAGGAUAAGAGCAUUUAUCACCCAGUCAGUAACAGCUGUAUAGACUCCAGUGCUGCAGAAAAGAGGGUUUUCAUGAACUCGUGUGACCCCACAUCACCCAGUCAGCAGUGGUUGUUUGAAAACACAAACUCCACUGUUUUGGACUCUUUCAGUCAUCACCACAAUGCAUAAGAUUUUAGCUAUCAAUGUGGACUGCUUACUGGGGAAGCAAAGAAACGUUUUGUGCCUUUUCUGAAGUGAUGUGUGAAGUGGCUCUAUAGCCUGAAACCUUCACCCGCUUUCCACACGGCCUCAUCAGGGCAACACCUGUCCUUUUACAUUACUCCAAACUCAUACUAUUUACUUUUACCCUGCUAAAAUCCUAACCCGUCACUGCUGCUGCUAAAACUUCAGUCAGCUAAACUGUAAAUGAUAAUGUUUUAGAUUCAAGGGGCAGACUGUAUAUUAGUGUUUGUCAACCAUUUGUCCUAAAACUCUAACUCUAAAUAUUUCAACUCUACAAUUCCCAAAGUCCAAAUGUAUGUAGUUGAACACUGCUGCUACUACUCUUUUUAUAUGCCAACAUAAAUUUUGUGUUCUCCCAUGAUAUGCAAGAAGAAGUUUUGUGUGUGCACGGCGAGAAGACGGAGAGCCGUCCUCUACAUUUAGAGCCUGAAAGCCUAGCCAAACUCUCAGAGCGAUUGUUCGGUCACAGUUCAACAUUCAAAAUGUAACUCACAGUGACUGUAAAAGACUGUAAUUUUCCAUACCACUAUUUGCAUAUUCAAUCGUAAAGUCUUCCUUUAUAUUUAAUAACCUUCAGUGGUGGCCAAAAAUAUUGGCACCCUUGGUAAAUGUGACCAAAAGAAAGUUGUGAAUAUAAAUCUAUAAGGUUUCUUCUUUUAAGCUUUAAUUUAAAAAAUUGAUGUUUCAUUGAAGUAAAACAAUUGAAAGAAAGUCAGGGGAAAAUUUCAUUAUGAAAGAAAUGAUUUUCUCUAAUACACACUGGACACAAUAAUUGGCACCCCUUCAUUUAAUACUCUUUGGCACCUCCAUUUGCAAAGAUAACUGCUCUGAGUCUUGUAUUAUAAUAUCUGAAGAAGUGGAAGACUUCAUGUCAAGUGAUCUUAUAGAUUGAGGAAUAAUCUAAACAUUUCUUCAGACCCUUCAUAUGUUGGUGCUCUCUCGUCUAUAUAGUCAUUUUCUGUAUGGUUCAGAUGGCUGUGGCAGGACCUUGAUUUUGUGCUCAGUGACCCAUUUUUUGUUGAUUUUGAUGUUUGUUUUGAUUCAUUGUCUUGAUAAAAUAUUUAACCACGACUCAUCAUACGAUUUCUAGUAGAGCAAGUCAGGUUUUGACUUACCUGCUGGUAUUUGAUAUAAUCCACGCAAUGCAUCCUAAUGAGAUGUCCAGGACCUCUGUUACAAAAUUAGGUUGAAAACAAUUAAGGUCCGGUGGUAUAUUUAACUGUAGACAUAAAGCACUUUUUAAUCCCUAUCUUGUAUUCCUGCUGCUAAAAACUCUUGUGUGUUUCAUUUGGCCGCAGAACCCAGUCCUGUUUUAAGUUCCAGUACUGCAAAUGAAUAUACUUGCAUGAGAGCAGAGGAUUUCUUAAACUGUGUCCCAAACAACUUGUGGUUAUUGUGCUGUUGUUCAUUUUUAAAGCUUUCUGACACCAAUAUUUAAAUGGUUUCUGAAGUUCUCCAUCCGUGAUCCUUGGAGAGUCUUUGUCCACUCAAAUUCUUCUUCUUGCUGAGCAUUAAGAUGAUAUAGACACACGUCCUCUUUCAAGCAAAUUUGCAACAUCUCCAGUCGAUAAAAACACAUCAGAUCUACAGUCUUUGGUUUUAUCCACUGUGAUGAAGGAUUAAGGGGACUUGGGCUUUGUGUUACUUAAUAUUUAUUUUCCUGUGACUGUACAACAUCAUGUUUCUAGUCAUCACGGUGUGCUAAGAAAAUGUUAAUAUCAAUGGUAAUAUACUUCAGAGAUAUUUUACUCAUAAAAAUGUCUAGGGGUCCCAAUAAUUUUGUCCAGUGUAUAUAUCAGAAAAAACAUUUCUUUCAUAAUGUAAUUUCCCCCCUCACUUUCAAUUGUUUUACUUCAAUGAAACAUCUUUUUUUCAAUGAAAGCUAAAAGUAGAAACCUUGUAGAUUUAUAUUUACAGUUUUCUUUGCUCAUAUUUACCAAGGGUGCCAAUAUUUUUGCCCACCACUGUAUAUUCGAUUUUGUGGUGACGUGAUGAUUCUUGUGUGCAGCAUUUAUUUUAACACAAGUUAGCCCAGAUUUAGCUCAAAUUUAAGGUUUAAGGCCUUGCAAACACUGAAAUACAAAUCCAGUCUUUGAAACUCCAACCUUAAAUGUGUCAAAAGUAUUAAUGGAGCUGAGUUUUGUUACAGGACCCGGGUUUUACAAUAGACAUCAAGUUGAAUAGUUUAUCAUAUCAAAAGCUGAUUACAAAGACGUCUUUAAAAUUAAUCACAAACUGCACAAGUCCAGCAGUAUACAAACUUGCUGUAUACUAAAUCAAGAUGAUGAUACCUUUUCAAAAGAUUUAAGUUUUGCUAACUAUGCACAAUUUUAUGGUUAUAUGGUAUUAUGGGGUUUUUUUGGGGGGGGGGCACUCCACUGUGAUAAGGAUUUUUUAUUUUUAACACCUCUGAGAAGAUGGGAUGCUGCAAUGAGGAGUGCAUAUGUUUCUAAUGCAUAUUACAAGCACACAAUUAAACUUGAAACUUCGUAAUGUGCCUUGCUAAAAGGUCAUAAUCUAAGGCCCAGCACAAUGUAUGUGUCUCUUGUUUUGUGAAUCCAUCCAGGAGACAAAAAAAGGAGACAGUAUUUGAGAAGUGUGUCUGUUUUGGUCCUGUUUUUACCUAUGUGUAUUUUUCACAUGUUAAUCAAUUUCAGAUGAUUAUCUAUUUAAGUAGUAGCGAUUAUCUUAUUUCUGUAGUUUUUUUCAAGAGAGAUCAGGGGUUUAAUAAAAUGAAUGCUGUUA